GGGUGUUUUGUGAAAAUUGUUAUCGUCAUCACCGUCGUCAUCAUCUUCAUCAUCAACACCGCUGCUUCCUGGUUCAGACGUUGGAGAAUUUUACAAGAAAUAAGUCACAGAGUCACUGGGAGCAAUUAUUUCUUCUCGAUGAAAUCAAAAUUCUAUGAUUUGAAAAUGAACGAGCAAAGAAUUUUAAGGAUUUUUAGUAUAAAGCCAACAUCAACGAAAGAAAAAGAAAGGAGUGUAAAAAGAGUCCAGCAUCUUUUCGAUAUUGACGUGAGCGAUUUGCAAUUUGAUUCUUCUGUUUUGGAAUUUGAGGACAAAGACUCGACUUUAAAUGAAGUGGUGCAUAAAAUGUCUAAGAGGAAAAAGAAGAGACGCAGUUCCAAAUUGAAAAAGUUCUUCUCGUCAGUUUGGAAUCAAGUCAGCGAGGACGAUUGCAGUAGUCAGCCCGACUCGGAAUAUGAGGAAGAACAAAUACCGAGAUAUCGGCCCGACUCCUUGGCGAGUCUUUGCAGAGCAACUCGAUUUAGUGAAGCUGAGCUGAAGAGGAUAUAUCGAGGAUUCAAAGCCCAGUGCCCCACGGGAGUCGUCCGAGAAGAAACCUUCAAGUGCAUCUAUUCCCAGUUUUUCCCUCAAGGAGCAAAUGCGAGUCAGUAUGCUCAUUACGUUUUCAACACUUUGGACCAGGAUCACAGUGGACUUUUGAGCUUUGAGGACUUUGUUACGGGUCUCAGCAUACUCUCCCGGGGAUCAAUAGAGGAAAAACUUCGUUGGACAUUUUCUUUAUAUGAUAUUAAUGGAGAUGGCUGUAUAACUAGAGAAGAAAUGACGGAUAUUGUUACUGCAGUUUAUGAAUUGUUAGGAAAAUUGUCUGAUAAUAGUCCAAAUCGUGAAAUAGUUCGUGAAAAAGUAGAUAGAAUGUUUUUGAAAAUGGACGGGAACAAGGACGGUGUUGUGACGCUAUCCGAAUUUCUAGAGGCAUGUCGAGCAGAUCCUGAUAUUUCCACUAACAUAGCGGCCUUUGAUACGGCUUUCUGACACUCGAUGCGACCACUUAACACGCC